AUUUCGCUAGACGAUUGCGCAAUCUUGUUUAGAGCUUGCAUCAGAAUAUUGUCUGCGUCAGUUGAGCAGUGAGCCUUGUUGAAUUCAGCCGACAGAGUUUAGCUUGGGCUACAAUUAAAUCGCUAAUCGCGUGAGAUGUCUCGUGGACGUUUUAACUAUGUGGAUGUGUGGACUGAUGGAUCGUGCCCAGGAAACGGUCCCAACGCGAGCCGUGGAGGAAUAGGAGUUUUCUGGGACGACGACCAUCCGUGGAAUGUGUCCCAGCGCGCGCGUGGAAGGACCAACAACUCCUGCGAGAUCGAGGCUGCGACGGUCGCUCUCCAGAUUGCCAAGGAUGAGAAUAUUGACAAGCUCAGGAUCAACACUGACUCUGAGUUUCUCAUCAACUGCGUCCUCAAGUGGAUGCCCAUUUGGCGAAACAAUGGCUGGAUCAACGCCAGCGGGAAUCCUGUGAGGAACAGGCAUGAGCUCAUGGAGCUCGACGAUGAGCUGGAUGAAUCCAUUCGAGUGUACUGGAAUCACGUUCCUGGCCAUAAGGGGAACUAUGGCAAUCGCAUGGCGGACAAAUUGGCCCGUCGAGGAGCGAAGAAUUACUAGAGGAUUGAGCGAUAGAUCCUGACUUUUUCUCUGGACAACAGGAAAAUCCACAGAGAUUGUUCUAUUUUGCAUUUCUAUUUCUACCAUUUCUACUAAUUUCGCCACUGAAAUUUGUCUAUUUCUUGCAAUUUCUUAUGAAAGUAAUAUUAUGAAUUUCCUUUUCUCUAAACUCCUGAAGAACUGAAGUAAUAUUAGUGAAAUAAAC